UUCUCUCUCAUUCUUAUGUCAUAUGGGCUGAGUAAACAUCUGAACUCCAGGACUGCAAAGGAGACAGACAGAAGAAGAGGAGAACACUUAACCAAGGUGUGGAAAAGACCAUUUCAACAGUAUGGGCUCCGGGCAGAGCAGUGAGAAGUUACAUUGUAACCGCUAUCUGAAUGGACAGGGUCCUCCAUCGCUGGUACAACAAGCUAAUGAAGGGCUGAAUGGUACACACAGAGCACUGAAUAGCUGCCAGCCAGAGGGCCAGAUGACCUGGGUGAUCCUCCAGAGAGACCUGCCAGGAUUCCCCGAUGACAACACCCUUCAGCUCAGCUACAUAUUCCCAGAUGGAAUACAGAUGGAGAAACACCCUCACCCUGGCCAGCCCUAUGCAGGUCUGAGGCUCUGUGCUUACCUCCCUGACAACCGAGAGGGCAGGAGAGUUCUCAAGCUGCUGGAUAAGGCCUUCCACCAGCAGCUCCUGUUUACUGUUGCCACCAAUGAAGAUGGAGAGGAUAUGGUCACUACAGGUUUCAUCCCCCUAAAAACACAACCAGAAGGAGGAUAUAAAGUGGAUGGCUACCCAGACUCUGAGUACCUGAAGGCUGUGAGAAAGCUACUGAAGGAUAAAGGCGUUGAAUAACAGACGACACACACACACUCCUACUCACACACACACACACACAUACACAUAGAAAAGGCAGAAACUUCAAAUCUACAGUUUAUCUAUGAAUGGCCAAUAAGAUCUUUCUAUAAUUUCAUAUUCAAGUUACAUGAUGUUCUGGUGUACACCGUUAUAGCUGACAUCACACCACAUUGUGACUUGGUUUGAGACAACAUUGCACUGUUAGAUCAAGUCCAUCACCAACUAUGUUCCUAUUUUAUACACAUUAAAUUAUUUAUUGACUUUAA